AUCGUCUGCUGGAGUUCCCAACUCAGACCUUUUCUUGUUCCUCCUAUCUCGCCAUUCCUGCUGCUACUCCUAUCACGUCACUUCUCCUCCGCGCAUGGCGCUGUCUCCGUUCUACUCCCGAGAUGCGAGUUUGUGGGCGAUGCCGAACUCCAUGCGGCAGAUGAUGUCGCUGGGCGACGAGACGUUCCGCAUGCUGGACGAGCCCGGCCGCACGUUCGUCAGGGAAUCGCGUGCCAUGGCCAACACCGCGGUGGACGUGAAGGAGACUCCGACGGCGUAUCAGUUUGUGGCGGACUUGCCGGGACUCAGUCGCGAGGAGGUGAAGGUGCAGCUUGACAACGGCAACACGCUGGUCAUCAGCGGAGAGCGCCAUCGCGAGACGAAGACGGGAGAGGCUGCUGGCGACAAGUACCACCGCAUCGAACGCAGCACGGGCAAGUUCAUGCGCCGUUUCACACUGCCGGACAACGCCGAACUUGACAAAGUUGGCGCGCAGUGCAAAGAUGGCGUACUCACCGUGACGGUGCCCAAGAUGCCGCCGAAGGAACCGGAGAAGCCCAAAGUCGUCCACGUGCAGAUCAGUUAAAUGAGAAGUCCGUCUGUGUGGGAUGAAAUGAAGAAGCACAGAGGGA